AUGGCCAAGGGCAGUUUUCCGCGUCGUGGCAAGUCUGGCGACACCAAAGCUGGCGAGGCCAAGUACGGCGAGACCAACCCCGGCGACACCAACACCACCUCGCGUUUGCGCAGCACGAACUCCGGCCGCAUCACGAAGCCCGAGAAGACAGCAGCACCGACUCCGCACAAAGCAGCGGCGAGGGAGAGGAGCAAGAGCAGACGCAAUGUACACAACGAGCAAGCCGAUGAUGAAGACAUUGACGAGGAAGUCGAGCAUGCAGGCACAUCUCCGCCGCCAUUCGCGUACAUCGGCAUCCCGUACGUCGAUUUCGGCGGGGAGAUCACUCGCGAGGAGUAUUUGGCGCACAAACGACAAGUGCAGAUGUUUAACGAGUCCCAUCAUCAAAUAAGGCUUCGUCCUAGACCGGCCAACGACACCGAGACCGUGGGAGCAGCAGCAGACGCCCAAGCUGGAAUGAUUAAGGACAAUGCCGCUAGACAGAAUUCCACAGACGAGAUGCUGCUGGACACCAAGGAUACUGGCAUUGCCGCUGGAGAGGAAGGGAAGGCUGAACCGGAUAAGAAGCGGGCACACAUCGCCGAAGGGAACAAAGUCCUCAACGACGUCCAACAGCUGCUCUCUACUUACCUUGCACGUUCUCGCGCAGGCUCGCUUAAUGGGAUUCCAGGUUCUGCAAACACUCAGGCCCGUGCCAGUCGAAGAAGCCCUGCGGAGGUCACUGCCGUACUGGAUGCCGCGAGGGCGAAUGGAAUUCUGAACAGUACGCAUCAGACGCUGUACACCGCACUCGCCCUUCUGAAUGCAGCAUCGCCAAGCGCAGUUUCAGGUCCGCCAAAGUUCCUCGCCGGCAAUAUUCAGACGGCCACGACACCCGCGGCUGGGCUCAAUGCAGAGGUCACGGCUCCUCGCUCCCCCGAGACGCCGCGUGAAUGCCCUGUCUGCCUGGAGUCGCUUGGCGUCACUUCUGAGCCGGAAGAGGUCUGCCGUAAGUGUGGGUUCGUGAUUCACACUCAGUGCCGAGCCCGACAGCACGACUAUGAUCGCGCGAACAACCGUCCACGGAAGUGUCUCAAUUGGUAAGUCCUUAUUGCUCUGCACCCACUGCUACGUUUGCUAACGUACUGUACAGCCAACAAGCUUGGGCUGGCUCGAGGAAGGUCAUCCUCGUGGAGUGA